CGGAGGGGGCGUGUCCUAGAAGCUUCCUGCUGCUAUCUAUAGCCAGUGCCCUAAUCAGACAGAGAACAGCCGGGCACUGGGACAUGGCGGCUACCGGGGUACUGCCCUUCAUCAGAGGGGUAGAUUUGAGCGGCAAUGACUUUAAGGGCGGCUAUUUCCCGGAGGAUGUGAAGUCUAUGAGCAGUCUGAGAUGGCUGAAGCUCAACAGGACGGGUCUGUGUUACCUGCCGGAGGAGCUGUCCUCCCUACAUAAGCUGGAGCACCUAUCUGUCAGCCACAACAGCCUGACUACGUUACAUGGAGAGCUGUCGUCCCUCCCUUGCCUGCGGGCCAUUGUGGCACGAGCCAACAGCCUUAAAAAUUCAGGGAUUCCCGAUGAUAUCUUCCAGCUGGACGAGCUCUCUGUGCUGGACCUCAGUCACAAUCAGCUGAGCGAGUGCCCGCGGGAGCUAGAGAAUGCCAAGAACAUGCUGGUGCUGAACCUCAGCCACAACAGCAUCGACAACAUCCCCAACCAGCUGUUCAUAAACCUGACGGACCUGCUGUAUCUGGAUCUGAGUGAUAACAAGCUGGACAGUUUGCCCCCUCAGAUGCGGCGGCUGGUGCACCUACAGACCCUCAUCCUGAAUAACAACCCGCUCUUGCAUGCCCAGCUCAGGCAACUCCCUGCAAUGACCGCCUUGGAAACCCUUCACCUGAGGAAUACGCAGCGCACCCAGAGCAAUCUGCCUACUUCACUGGAAGUCCUGACCAAUCUAUCAGACGUGGACCUAUCCAUGAAUGAACUGACGCGUAUCCCUGAGUGCCUUUACACACUUCCUAACCUAAAGCGCCUAAACCUCAGUAGCAACCAGAUCUCCGAGAUAUCCCUGUGCAUCGACCAGUGGGCUCAACUAGAGACCCUCAACCUGGCCCGGAACCAACUCACCUCUCUCCCUUCGGCCAUCUGUAAGCUAGCCAAGCUGAAGAAGCUAUAUCUUAACUCCAACAAGCUGGAUUUUGAUGGUAUCCCUUCGGGAAUUGGCAAGCUGUCCAACUUGGAGGACUUUAUGGCUGCCAACAAUAACCUGGAACUCAUCCCUGAGAGCCUGUGCAGGUGCAGCAAGCUGCGGAAGUUGGUCCUGAAUAAGAACCGUCUGGUCACAUUGCCCGAGGCCGUUCACUUCUUGACAGAUUUGGAGGUGCUGGAUGUCAGAGAAAAUCCCAACUUGGUGAUGCCGCCGAAACCAGCUGACCGCACAUCCGAAUUCUACAACAUAGACUUCUCAUUGCAAAACCAGCUCCGUCUUGCAGGAGCCUCCCCUGCAACUGUUGCUGCCGCCGCCGCUGCUGCUGGGGGCAGUGCUACAAAGGAUCCUUCAGCCAGAAAGAUGCGCCUGCGCAGAAGGAAAGAUUCCUCCCAGGAUGAUCAGGCCAAGCAAGUGCUGAAGGGAAUGUCAGAUGUAGCAGAGGAGAAGAACAAGAAGAUACAGGAGAACGGCGACAUGAAAUACACCGACCUGAAGGCAAGACGCUGGGAUCAGGGGCUGGAGAAGCCCCACUUGGACUAUUCUGAAUUCUUCACAGAGGAUGUUGGGCAGAUUCCGGGCGUGACGGUCUGGCAGAUUGAGAACUUUAUACCCACUCUGGUGGAUGAGACUUUCCACGGGAGAUUCUAUGAGGCUGACUGCUACAUUGUGUUAAAGACGUUCCUGGACAGCAAUGGGGCUCUUCACUGGGAGAUCUACUACUGGAUUGGCCAGGAGGCCACGCUGGACAAGAAAGCCUGUUCUGCCAUCCACUCCGUCAACCUGCGCAACUGUCUGGGGGCUGAAGGUCGCACAAUUCGGGAGGAGAUGGGUGAUGAGAGUGAGGAGUUCAGUCAGGUGUUUUACAAUGAUAUCACUUACAUAGAAGGCGGAACAGCCAGCGGGUUCUAUACAGUAGAAGAUACACAGUUCAUCACCAGGCUGUACAGAAUUUACGGCAAGAAGAAUAUCCGCCUGGAGCCGAUGCCUUUAAAAUCCUCCUCCUUGGACCCUCGGUUUGUGCACCUGCUGGACCACGGCAUGGAAAUCUUCAUCUGGAGAGGAUCUCAGGCCACUCUGAGUAACACUACCAAGGCCAGGCUGUUUGCUGAGAAGAUCAAUAAGAAUGAGCGAAAGGGGAAGGCAGAGAUCAUACUGCUCACCCAAGACAUGGAGACGGCUGACUUCUGGGAGUUGCUGGGCGGGCAGCCCGAUGAGAUCAAACCCUGUGUUCCUGACGACUUCCAACCGCCACGUCCCAAACUCUACAAGGUUGGCCUUGGCCUGGGCUACCUGGAGUUGCCUCAGAUCAAUUACAAGAUUUCUGUGGAGCACAAGAAGAGGCCCAAGAUCGACUUGAUACCAGAGAUGAGGCUGCUGCACACCCUGCUGGAGACAAAUAGCGUUUACAUCCUCGAUUGCCACUCUGAUCUCUUCAUCUGGAUCGGCAGAAAAUCUUCUCGACUGGUCCGGGCGGCAGCUCUGAAGCUGGGACAAGAGCUGUGCAGUAUGCUUCACAGACCCAAACACGCCAUAGUGAUCCGGAACCUUGAGGGAACCGAGUGCCAGGUGUUCAAGUCCAAGUUUAGGAAUUGGGAUGAUGUUCUGAAGGUUGACUACACGAGGAAUGCUGAGAGUGUGGUACAGAAAGAGGGCCUGUCAGGCAAGGUAAAGAAAGACGUGGAAAAGGACCAGAUGAAGGCCGAUCUAACCGCGCUCUUCCUUCCCCGGCAGCCUCCAAUGCCGAUUUCUGAGGCAGAGCAGCUGACGGAGGAGUGGAACGAAGAUCUGGAUGGAAUGGAAGGCUUUGUACUGGAAGGGAAGAAAUUUGCCCGUCUGCCCGAAGAAGAGUUUGGGCACUUUAACACCCAGGACUGCUAUGUGUUCUUGUGCAGGUAUUGGGUUCCGAUAGAGCAGGAUGAAGAGGAGAAGCAGCACAGCAAGAAGAGGAAAAUCCACCAAGAUGGAGAAGAGGACGAAGACGAGGAGGAUGAGGAAGACAAGCAGCCAGAAGAAGAUUUCCAGUGUGUGGUGUAUUUCUGGCAGGGCAGAGAGGCCUCCAAUAUGGGCUGGUUGACUUUCACAUUCAGCCUUCAGAAGAAGUUUGAAAGCUUGUUCCCAGGAAAGCUGGAGGUGGUCAGGAUGACCCAGCAGCAGGAAAAUGCAAAGUUCCUCUCACACUUUAAGAGGAAGUUUAUUAUCCACAAGGGGAAGAGGAAAACAAAGGACGUGGGGCUUCAGCCAAGCCUGUACCAAGUGCGCACCAAUGGGAGUGCUCUGUGCACCAGGUGCAUCCAGAUUAAUACAGACUGCAGCCUGCUCAAUUCUGAGUUCUGCUUCAUCCUCAAGGUGCCCUUCGAGAGCAUCGAUAACCAAGGAAUCGUGUACACGUGGGUGGGCAGAGCCGCAGAUCCCGACGAAGCCAAACUCUCUGAAGACAUCAUGAAUCACAUGUUUGAUGACACCUACAGCAAACAGGUGAUAAAUGAAGGGGAAGAACCAGAGAAUUUUUUCUGGGUCGGCAUAGGAGGCCAGAAACCCUAUGAUGAGGAUGCAGAAUACAUGAAGUAUUCCCGUCUCUUCAGGUGUUCCAAUGAGAAGGGCUAUUUCUCGGUGUCGGAGAAGUGCUCAGACUUCUGUCAGGACGACCUCGCGGAUGAUGACAUUAUGUUGCUGGACAAUGGCAGGGAGGUUUACAUGUGGGUGGGAACACAGACCAGUCAGGUGGAGAUCAAGCUGAGUUUAAAGGCCUGUCAGGUUUAUAUUCAGCACAUGAGAGCCAAGGACACUGAGCAUCCGCGCAAACUGCGCCUGGUCCGCAAAGGUAACGAGCCUCACGCCUUCACGCGCUGCUUCCACGCCUGGGGCGCUUUCCGCAAACCGCCAGCCUAGAUCCGUCCCGCCAUCCACAAGACUUUAUACCAAGUUGUUCUAGUGCCCAAAGAAGAUGAUCCCACGCUCGUGACCAGUUCUCGACCCGUGGGAAGUUAAAUGGCACCUCUGGUCAGUGGUCGGGUCUCAUCAUGAAGGCGUCUGCACCUUAGUGGGGAAAUAUUUUAUAUAUUGUCCAACCCUCCAAACGGCAUUGGCGCUCACUGCUACUGCGUGUGGUUUUAUAUUGAGAGGUGGUGUGUAACACAUUCUUACACUAGGUGGCGCUCUUUGCUGGGAUAGGAUGAGUCGGGCGUUAUAAUAGGGCAGGCUUGGUGCUCCAGAUGACUUUAAGCUUCAACUCCCACUUUAAAGGAUAAGUAAACCUGUAAAAUAAGUGGAUGUAUAAUCAAUGUGGGUUAUUCUAAGCACUUUGUAAUUAGAUUCAUUAUUUAUUUUCUUUUUAUUCCAAGAUAUUAAAGGGAUACUGUCAUGGGAAAACAUGUUUUUUAUCAAAACACAUCCGCUAAUAGUGCUGCUCCAGCAGAAUUCUGCACUGAAAUCCAUUUCUCAAAAGAGCAAACAGAUUUUUUUAUUUUUUUUAUUCAAUUUUGAAAUCUGACAUGGGGCUAGACAUAUUGUCAGUUUCCCAGCUGCCCC